UCAACUCUGGCUCCAGCACCAAAAAAACAGGACUGGCUUGGGCAGCGACAAGCAGAACGAGAGCCACAGUCGCUCGACGAGCGGUGUCAGUGGCGUCGCACGGGAGGCAACAAAGUCAACAAGACUAACGGUAGCGGACUCGGGUCCGAUAGCGGAAAGGCCUAAGCGGUAUUGGCAACGCCAACAAGGCAUCUUUCUCGCUUUCCUCGUCGUUUGGCGGCCCAGGAAGUUAUGGCCCUUACCGAAGCACCAACCGAGCUCAGCAGGAUGGGGGAAGCCUCGGAGCGAACCUUGGAGGAUCUCCUCUAUGAGCUGGAUGCAUUGGAUACGGAAAGAUGCGGCGGCCUGCACCGUAAAGAGUUCGCGGUGGAUGCAGCGGUAAGCGAAGAAAAUUCGCAUCACAAUAGAUACGGUGACAUCUGUUCCUAUGAUCAUGCACUACUUGACGGGGAGUACCUCAAUGCAAGUCUCAUCCCACCAUGUCCUCGCAGCGAAUCUCUACAAGCAUACAUCGCGUCUCAAGCUCCACUUCCACAUACCUUUGACCGAUUCUAUUCUGCAUUAUUUCAACAACGCGCGCCGCUCCUGAUUAACUUAACACCACUGAGAGAAAAAGGCAGGCGCAAAGCAGAUCAAUACUGGCCAGACUGGGCUGCAACGGACGGCCAGCCAAUUGAGGUUGGAGACGGCUGGACCGUGGCGACAACAUCGGAAGAGCCCAUCGAAACGCCGUUCAAAGACGUUGACGGUGACGGCUGGGAGCUGGUAAAACGAACAUUAGAACUCCGGCAGACGGAUGCGGGCGGCGUAACGCGGAAAAGGCACGGCUUGACGCUGUUUCAUCUCACCACAUGGCCGGACCACGGGGCGUCAUCGUUGGAAGGAUACGAGCAUCUCUUGCACUUGAUACAACAAGAAACAUGGCUUGCUGCCUCGAGAAACGCAUCCUCUGGUGCCGAAGUCCCUCCCAUCUGGAUUCAUUGCUCUGCAGGCGUCGGACGCACAGGAACAGUGAUAGCAGGGCUGAUGGCUCUGGAAAUGCAAAAUCGCAAUCAGCUGGGCAGCAAGCCGCUCACACAGGCCGGGUGCGACCAUAUCACAGCAGAACUUAUCGCGCAUCUUCGACGCUACCGCCCGAGAAUGGUUCAAGGCAUCAAGCAGGCCGAAAUGGUUUCGGCGCUCAUUGCGAAGCUGAGUGCCGGCUCAGCAUGAACCCGGGAGAUUCAUUCUCACAAUGCAACAUACACAAUCA